AUGGCCUCGUCAAGUUUUCCCCGCCAAUCAACUGUAACAUUGUUCGCCAUCCUUUUUCUCUCCUUCUCAUCCUCCUCAUCAGCACUAGUUUUCAUGAAAAACCAAGCUGAAUGCAAAGUAAAAUGCCUGAAUGGAGGUGUCUGUGCCUACGAAAGGAACGACCCGGAGGUCCACAAAUGCAUGUGUUUCAUUGAUAUGUACUAUGGAGAUCUCUGUCAGUUCAAAUAUGUCCCAACAUCUUCGACAACCACGACGGAAGUUCCGACGACCGAGGCAAAUCAAGAAAUCAACGAGGAAGAGGAGGCGAAAAAUGAAAAUGAUGGGUACUAUGAUGCGAAUAAAGAGGGCUAUAGUAGGUUGCUUUGGGAGUCUUGGAAUGUUGUGAAAUUCAAAAUACAGUAGUUGAUAACGCUAUUUAUUCUAUAGAGCAUCAUUAUUCGCUGAAAAUAUCGUUUUUUAGUAGGAAGAAAGGGCCAUGAGUAAAAAAACAAUUGGACAAAAAGAUAAAUAAAAAUUGGAUUUUUUUUGGUUCACCCUAAAAGUUAUAUGCAAAAUUGAGCCCACAUUUAGGUUGGAAUUUCCUGAGGAACAUACCAAGUUCUUAGCUUGUGUUCUGCAGAAGAUAAGGGCAAGAUUUUUAGGUCACAUUGAGCAAAAAAAUAUGUUCGAGUUCAGGCCUCAAAAACUCAGGAUGUUUCAGUAAUUUCUUCUGAUUUUAUCCUCUCUAAUGUGGCUUCUACAGCAUAGUAUGUUCAAAAACUAUACCCCGUUAAUUUUCAGAAGGUCAUGAUGAUUUAGUCCAGAGCGAAGACGACAUUCAUCCAUAUCAGCACGGGGAAGGGCAACACCCCCAUUCCGAUGAGCUGUAUCACGAAGCCCAUGUGGGAAGCAAGGCUUCAAGAGCUGUUGUUGAGCAUGAGAAGUCGAGGGUCUAUACGGAACAACCAGGAAAGGAUGCUGUUUUCAAUAAAUUGGGUAGGUUUAAAGGAGCUGGAGAUAGACCGACCGUAUUUUACAAAAAAAAAAUUUUUUUUAUUUUUUUCAUCAAAAAUUCAUUUUCUUUUUAAAAAUAUUCUUUUUAUAUUCAUAAAUUACGAUAUAUUUUUUUAUUUUUCAGCUAAAAAACGAGAUUUUUUAAUAUUUUUUUUUCACUUUCCAGACUCCUACGAGCAAAACAACGACGCCCAGUCGGAUUAUUACGAAGAAGAAGAAGAUUGGAUGUUAGUGAAACGGUCCGCCUAUUCAUUGCGCAUUUCUUUACUUCCUCUUGCUCUAUUCAGUGUUUGGAUGACAUUUAUUUGA